ACGUCACGGCGCGAUGGCCGCGAGCAGCACUGCGGUGACGGUUCUCGCUCCUAACGGACGGAGGCAAACAGUGAAAGUGUCGUCCAGUACACCUUUACUACAGGUACUGGAAGACGUUUGCAAGAAGCACGGAUUCAACGCGGACGAAUAUGAGCUCAAGUUCCAGAGGAGCAUCGUCGAUCUAUCUCUGCAGUGGCGGUUUGCCAGUCUGCCCAACAACGCCAAGCUGGAGAUGGUGCCAAGUACCCGGCAGCGAGGCGGUGCACGGGAGAGUGCGGUGCGCAUCGCCCUGCAGCUGGAGGAUGGGAGCCGACUCCAGGACUCUUUCACCUGCAGCCAGACACUCUGGGAACUCGUCAAUCACUUCCCUCAAACCAGGAUUUCUGAACCCACGGCGACUGAAUCCACACCGCUCUGUGUGUACAUGAGGGACGAGAUUGCUGGGGUGGACGCCCUGAAGAACACUACACUGAAGUCGCUGGGGCUCACUGGUGGGAGUGCUAUUGUCAGGUAUGUGCUGAAAAAAUUCAAAUCCCCAGAAGAUGGAGAACCCAUGGAGACAGCCACUGGGGUGACAGCUGCCGCUAUUGCUGCUGCUGAAGUAGAAAUUAAAGAAGAGGUGCCAAGGAGGAGAGAGCCAGACCCCUCUCCCAAAGAUAAUGGCACUGCCAUUAAUGAGGCUCUAGACCAGUGUGUGGGAAAGCCAGCUGCUGAAGCUGCCUCCGUGUCUCUGAGUUCCGACACCGAGUCCCAGCAGGUGGUGCGCCCCAAAAACAGGCCAGUUCAGGUGCAAGAUGAGGCAGAGGAACAGCCGGGGCCCUCUGGAGAGCGUUCCAUGCAUGUCAAGGAAGAAGUGGCCUCCAACUCUGCUACCUCUACCGUUUCCACCUUUGUGCCCUUCUCUGGUGGAGGCCAGCGGUUGGGAAGUGCCGUCGGGGAAGGUUCGGAAAUAUGGAGAGAAGCAGCGCUGACCACCAACUCCUCACAAACAUCCCCAUCUGGGACAGGGAGCCCCCCAAAGGCUAAGAAGUCAAAGCCCAGCCACGAUCACAAGCACCCAGAGACUACCAGAGCCAAACAGCAGGAUGGGGAGGAGGACGAGGCGGAGUUUCUGGAGCCAGUGGACAGGGAGCCCUUGGUCUACCACAUGGACACCGGGCCGCGCCGUACCUCGCUCGAGGAAGACCUGCCGGAUGAGUUUUUCGAAGUGACCGUUGACGACAUCCGGAAACGAUUCGCACAGCUCAAAAGCGAAAGGAAAUACCUGGAAGAGGCGCCACUGAUGACCAAGGCUAUGCGGGAUACUCAGAUAAAGGAGAAGAUGGAGCGGUAUCCCAAGGUGGUGGUGAGGAUCCAGUUUCCAGACAGACAUGUUCUGCAAGGAUUCUUUCGCCCGUUAGAGACAGUUGGAGCCUUGAAGCAGUUUGUGAGGAGCCACCUGGCAGACCCUCAGACUAGCUUCUACCUGUUUAUUGCGCCUCCCAAAACGAAUCUGGAUGAUCCUGAUGCCACCCUCUUCCAGGCCAACUUGUUUCCAGCAGCUCUUGUUUACUUCGGCUCUGAUGUUAAGACAGGUUGUUACCUGCAGAGGCAACUGCUUGAGUCCAGUGUGUCGGCCCUGCAGGCAGAUGAAGCCAUCACCAGCUGUAUGCCCAGGUCACCAGCCCCAGCAUCCGCUGCAGCACUUUCAGAAGAGCCUUUUCCAUUCCCUGCUGCCCAGAGUGAGCCGACAGGCCUGCGGGGCGCAGGGGAUGAGCAGCCGGAGCCCGACAGCGAAGCUCCCAAGCCAGUCAGAACAGACUCUGGCAAAGUGCCCAAAUGGCUCAAGCUCCCUGGUAAAAAAUAAAAACAAAAUGGCAAAUGGAGGAACAGUCAACACGGACUCUAACUCCCAGGUGUAAUUUGCAGGCUAUCUCUGAAUUCUGACAGUUUGGUUAAUAGCACCGCUGAUCCAACAGCAACUAAUAAUGUUGUGCAUACAGAAGAUGCAAUUUUAUAAUAAUAAAAAUUAAUAAAAAGAAUUC